CAGCUCUUCAUGGAGAUGGCUGAUGUGAUGGUUGCCGAGGGCUGGAGGGAUGCAGGCUACGAGUUCGUCUGCAUCGAUGACUGCUGGAUGGCCCCGAGCCGGGAUGAACACGGCAGGCUCCAGGCUGACCCAAAACGGUUCCCCCGCGGGAUCCGCAAGCUGGCCGACUACGGGAGAGUCCACGCCAAGAAGCUGAAGCUGGGGAUCUACAGUGAUGUUGGGAACAAGACGUGUGCUGGCUUCCCUGGCAGUUACAACCACUAUGAUCUGGAUGCCCAAACAUUCGCCUCCUGGGGCGUGGACCUGCUGAAGUUUGACGGCUGCAACACUGGCACACUGGAGCUGCUGGCAGAAGGUUACAGGCAUAUGUCUCUGGCCCUGAACAAGACUGGAAGGAGUAUUGUGUACUCCUGUGAGUGGCCUUUUUACUUGAGGCCCAUGCAGCAGCCCAAUUACACAGAGAUCAAACAGUACUGCAAUCACUGGAGGAACUUUUAUGAUGUCUAUGACUCCUGGAGAAGCAUCAAGAGUAUCUUGGACUGGACAGCACUUCACCAGGACAGCAUUGUGAAGAUCGCUGGGCCUGGGGGCUGGAAUGAUCCUGACAUGCUGGUGAUUGGAAACUUUGGGCUGAGCUGGGACCAGGCGGUGACUCAGAUGGCAAUGUGGGCUAUUAUGGCAGCUCCCCUCUUCAUGUCCAAUGACCUGCGGCACAUUAGUCCUGAGGCCAAGUGGCUGCUCCAGAACAAAGAGGUGAUCGCCAUCAACCAGGACCCACUGGGCAAACAAGGAUACCAGAUCACCAAGGACAAGAACUUUGAGCUGUGGGAGCGGCCCCUGUCUGGCCAAGCCUACGCUGUGGCAGUGCUGAACCAGCAGGAGAUUGGGGGACCCCAGAACUUUACCUUCCCCCUCACCUUCCUCGGCAAUGGGCUGGCCUGCAACCCAGCAUGCUCCAUCCGGCAGGUCCUGCCAGCCAGCAGGGACUGGGGCGUUUACAGCUGGGUCUCCUCCCUGAGUGUGGAGGUGAACCCAACGGGCACCGUGCUGCUGAAAGUAGUGGCACUAUAG